AAAAACCAAUCAGCGUCUCCGCGGAUCCCGGUCGUCUCCACCCGCCCCCUCCCCAGACUCUGCUUCUUCCCAGACCCAGAGGAUGCGAGUCAUGGGGCCGCGAAUCCUCCUCUUUCUGCUCUCGGGGUUCCUGGUCCUGACCGAGACCUGGACGGGCUCCCACUCUCUGAGGUAUUUCCUCACCGCCAUGUCCCGGCCCGGCCUCGGGGAGCCCCGCUUCAUCACCGUCGGCUACGUGGACGACACGCAGUUCGUGCGGUUCGACAGCGACGCCCCGAAUCCGAGGAUGGAGCCGCGGGCGCGGUGGGUGGAGCAGGUGGGGCCCGAGUAUUGGGAUCGGGAGACGCGGAACGCCGAGGGGAACGCACAGACUUUCCGAGCGAACCUGAACACCCUGCGCGGCUACUACAACCAGAGCGAGGCCGGGUCUCACACUCUCCAGGAGGUGACCGGCUGCGACGUGGGGCCGGACGGGCGGCUCCUCCGCGGGUAUGACCAGUUAGCCUACGACGGCAGAGAUUACCUCGCCCUGAACGAGGACCUGCGCUCCUGGACCGCGGCGGACACGGCGGCUCAGAUCACCAAACACAAGAUUGAGCAGCGCGGUGUGGCGGAUCACGACAGAAACUACCUGGAGGGCACGUGCGUGGAGUGGCUCCACAGAUACCUCCAGAACGGGAAGGACACGCUGCUGCGCGCAGACCCUCCAAAGGCACAUGUGACCCAUCACCCCAUCUCUGACCGUGAGGUCACCCUGAGGUGCUGGGCCCUGGGCUUCUACCCUGAGGAGAUCUCACUGACCUGGGAACGCAAUGGAGAGGACCAGACCCAGGACAUGGAGCUUGUGGAGACCAGGCCUUCAGGAGAUGGAACCUUCCAGAAGUGGGCGGCCCUGGUGGUGCCUUCUGGAGAGGAGCAGAAAUACACGUGUCAUGUGCAGCACGAGGGGCUUCAGGAGCCCCUCACCCUGAGAUGGGAACCUCCUCAGACCUCCAUCCCCAUCAUGGGCAUCAUUGUUGGCCUGGUUGUCCUCGUGGUGGCUGUGGUGGCUGGAGCUGUGAUCUGGAGGAAGAAGUGUUCAGGUGAAAAAGGACGGACCUACACCCAGGCUGCCAGCAGUGACAGUGCCCAGGGUUCUGAUGUGUCUCUCAUGGUUCCUAAAGUGUGAGACAGCUGCCUCGUGGGGACUGAGUGAUGCUCGGUCCCACUUUGUGACAUCAUAUCCUAGAACCCCUCUUUCUGCAGCUGCAUCUGAAUGUGUCUGUGCUCCUAUUAGCAUAACAUGAGGAGGUGGGGAGACUGCCCACCCCUGCCCCCCGCGCCCCCUCCCCACCCUGACCUGUGUUCUCCUCCCUCAUCCACUGUCCUGUUCCUGCAGAGACGGGGCUGGGCCGUCUCAAUCCAUGUCUGCUUCAUAUGCUCUGAGUAAUGUAUGGAUGUGAGAAUUGGACUGUGAAGAAAGCUGAGCGCCGAAGAAUUUUGAACUGUGGUGUUGGAGAAGACUCUUGAGAGUCCCUUGGACUGCAAGGAGAUCAGUCCUUGGUGUUCAUUGGAAGGACUGAUGCUGAAGCUGAAACUCCAAUACUUUGGCCACCUCAUGGGAAGAGUUGACUCAUUGGAAAAGAGCCUAAUGCUGGGAGGGAUUGGGGGCAGGAGGAGAAGGGGACAACAGAGGAUGAGAUGACUGGGUGGCAUCACCUACUCAAUGGACAUGAGUUUGGGUAAACUCUGAGAGUUGGUAAUGGACAGGGAAGCCUGGCAUGCUGCGAUUCAUGGGGUCACAAAGAGUUGGAAACAACUGAGCAACUGAACUAAACUGAAUUGAAUGAUGUCUUGUUUCCUUUUUGAAUAUAAAAUCUGUACAUAAGAAUUUCUUUUUUCUAAUUGGUGCCAUGACAGAGGAUCAGAUAAUAAAGUUGAGAAUUCCUAAA